AUGGCUGAAUUCAAGGUGAAGACUGGCUUAGCACAAAUGCUAAAGGGUGGGGUAAUAAUGGAUGUUGUUACUGCAGAACAAGCUGUUAUUGCAGAAAGAGCAGGUGCAUGUGCCGUAAUGGCACUUGAAAGAAUCCCCGCUGAUAUGAGAAAGUCUGGUCAAGUUUGCCGCAUGUCUGAUCCGAAAAUGAUUAAAGAUAUCAUGAGCAAGGUGUCUAUCCCGGUGAUGGCCAAGGUCAGAAUUGGGCAUAGCGUCGAAGCCCAAAUUCUAGAGGCUUUGGAGGUUGACUACAUUGAUGAAAGUGAAGUGUUGACUCCCGCAGACUGGACACAUCACAUAAAGAAGCAUGAUUUCAAGGUUCCCUUCGUAUGUGGGGCUAAAGACCUAGGUGAGGCCUUGAGACGGAUCAACGAGGGUGCUGCGAUGAUUAGAACCAAAGGAGAAGCUGGAACUGGAGACGUUAGCGAGGCUGUUAAGCACAUCGAGAAGAUCAACAAAGAAAUUUCGGAGAUUAAAGAAAAACUAACGGAAGAGCUUGACAUAGAAAACUAUGCUUAUGAGCAACGUAUUCCUGCAGAGCUUGUUAAACAAGUCAUCGAAUUAGGCAAGUUGCCUGUCGUUAAUUUCGCAGCAGGUGGAAUUGCUACGCCUGCAGAUGCUGCGCUAAUGAUGCAACUUGGCUGUGAUGGUGUGUUUGUAGGUUCUGGUAUUUUCAAAGCAUCGAAUCCAGAGAAGUUGGCCCGUGCAAUUGUCCAAGCUACUACUCACUACCAAGAUCCUAAGAAAUUACUUGAAGUUUCCACUGACUUGGGUGAUUUGAUGGCAGGUAUGACCAUCGAAAGUAUUGACAAGUCAAAGGGCACCAGAUUGUCUCAAAUCGGAUGGUGA